AUGAUUAUAUAUUAUAAAUUCAAAAUAAAUGGUUUUUGUAUAAAAUCAUGGAUAAGUUCUAUUUUUAAAAAUAUUCAAUUAAAUAAAAAUUUGUUAUAUCAAGAUUCUUUAAACAAAAAAUAUUUUUCAAACCAUUCAAAAUCAAUUGUUGUAAGAUGUAAAAAAAAAAGAGAUAAUAAGUUAUUGAAAGAAUAUAUUUAUGGAAGAGCGCCAGUUUUUGCUGCUUUAAGUGCAAAUAACAGAGAAAAAUUUUAUAAAUUAUAUGUUUAUGGUAAUAAAAAAGAAGAUGAUAUUUUGAAAAUAUCAAUGUCGAUGUCUAUUCCUGUUGAAUACGUAGAGAAUAAGGGUAUUUUGAAUAAUUAUUCUUUUAAUAGACCACAUAAUGGAUUUAUUUUGGAAGCAUCACCAAUACAAUGUUUAUCGCUUAGUACGCAUAAAGAAUUUCUUGAUUUUCAAAUCAAUUAUUUAAACGAUAAUGAAUCUAAAAUACCAAAUAAUUUACAUUAUAAAAAUUAUAUAAAUUUAUGGCUUCUUUUAGAUGAAAUAACAGAUCCAAUGAAUAUGGGAGCUAUCUUAAGAAAUGCAUAUUAUUUUAGACUUAAUGGAGUGAUUCUUUCCGCAAAAAAUUGUGCACCUUUAUCACCUGUUGUAAAUAAGGCAUCUUCAGGUGCAUGUGAAUUCCUAAAAAUAUUUAAAACGUCUAAUCCAUUAUCUCUUUUACGUUUACUUAAAAAAAAUAAUUGGAAAAUAGUUGGCGCUGUAUCACCAUCUAAAAAAGCAAAUAAGAUUUUAACAAUUUCAUAUGAUGAACUAUAUAUACAUCUUUCUGAAUCACCCACUUUAUUUAUAAUGGGAAGUGAAAGUAAAGGUAUAAGAACAUUAAUUAUAAAUGAAUGCGAUUUUCUAGUUACCAUUCCAUCCUUACAACUUCCUUUUUCUAUAAUAGAUUCUUUAAAUGUAUCUGUAGCUUCUGGAAUAUUAAUUUCAGAAUUUGUAAAAAUAUCAAAAAUUAAAAAAAAAAUUCAAAUUUCAUGA